AAAAUGUCUGCUUGUGCAUGUGACUUUCUUGAUUUUGUGUUUGUUAGUUCAAUAAUCUGUGUUGCAUGGUAAUAAAAUAUUAUGUCGAAGUUUCUGCCUACAAAUAAUCAAAGAGCUCAUCUAUUAUUUCAAGAGGCAUCAAUAAUAUUGAAGAAAGUCAGUGAAGGUGGAAGUUACAAAUCUUUAAUUUUCAAUAAUAAGACUUGUAACCCACAAGGUCUAGCAGCUUUAGUAUCCAAGGCCUCCCAAUACCGCAGCCUUAUAGAUCGAGUUAUAUCCUCCACUCACUUACUCGACCUUGAAAAUAACCUUGACAUUUGGCUACUGCGCAUCCUGGUCGCGCAGAUCUGUUUUGGAGGAAACCAGCAUUUGGGUGGAAAUAAUGCAGCCGUCAAAAUUGUGGUGAAAAACAGGAGACAGAUUUUGGAGGCAGUGGAGAAAGAGGAUAUUUACGGUGUGCGCAGUUUGAGACCCAAUAGAGUGGGGAAGCCUAGGUAUGUACGGGUGAAUACCUUGAAAAUUUCUACCGACGAUUUCAUAAAAAUUCUCAAAGCUGAAGGAUAUGGAGAAUUAUUAUGUCCCGACAUUUAUGACAAGUUCCUUGAGUUGGUCGAAGAUACGUUGAUCUAUCAGAAAUCGGAUAAAAUAUUCAUGAGAGAUUUUCAUGUGAAGGAUAUGCUGGUUUUUCCCAAGGAUGCGUUUUUAAUAGAUCAUCCUGCAUACAAGGAAGGAAAAAAUCGUCCUGCAGGAUAAGGCGAGUUGUAUGCAGUCUUGCUGCUUUAGACCACCUCCUGGGUCAGUAGUACUAGAUAUGUGUGCCGCUCCAGGCAUGAAAACCUCUCUAUAUGCUGCAAUGGUUGGCAAUAAAGGGACAGUGUACGCCAUAGAAAGACAACAAAACAGAUAUGACGAUAUGGUAAAUAUAGUGACCAGUUUAGGAGCCACAUGUGUGAAAGCCAUACAUAACGAUGCAGGGCUUGUGGGACCUGACACAUGCGAAAAUGUCGAAUACAUAGUUGUGGAUCCCUCCUGUUCCGGAUCAGGCAUGCAAGGUCGUUCUACACUCGAAGACGUUGAACUCCAGUUUCUUCCCAAAGACCAUCCGAGCAGAGUUCAAUCUGCAGUCAACCUGCAACGCAUUCAAAAACUUCAGAACUUGCAGACUUAUCUGCUUAAACAUGCCCUAUCGAAUUUCCCGUCCGCGAAAUGUGUCGUUUAUUCCACUUGCUCGACAGAUUCGCUGGAGAACGAAGCGGUGGUGUCGAACUGUUUGAACUGCGCUCGUUUGAACGGUUUCGAAGUGCUCGACUGUCGAUCAAUCAUGAAAGACUGGAAGCAUUUCGGCCACCCUAGCUACGAUUGCGGGGAACGAACUGUGUAUACUAGGGAGACGGAUCUGAUGAAUGGCGGAUUCUUCGCCGUUUUUGUGAGGAGGAAGGUGAUGGAGAUUGAGGAGGUGGAGGAGGGGGUAGAGGAGCAGGAGAAAGAGGAGGGAGAGGCUACAAGACUGGCAAUCAAACUCCUUGAUCCCAAACCCGGUUCAGUUAUACUAAACAUGGCAUCCUCAUUCAACAUCUUGGACACUACUCUAUCAAUGGCCACUAAGAUGCAAAAUAUGGGCAAAAUUUAUUUGUUCAAUGACAAAAGACUGCAGAAAAGACUGAAGUUGUCUGGAGUAGAGUGUGCUGUGGUGGAGAAGGGGAGUGCUUUGAGCAGCAGUGAUGCCAACUGUCCUGGGGUGGAGAGUGUUUUGGUGUUUCCUGAGUCGUCAGGUUCCUCCAAAUCUCAUCCAUCAGCUGAUCCCAAGGUCAUCCACCAAAAGUUUGUCCACAAACAAUUCUCACAACUGCGCCAUGCCCUCACCUCAUUCCCGCAUGCCAAACGCAUCAUCUAUGCCACAGAAUCCAUACAUGCAGCUGAGAAUGAGGCGGUCAUUGAUGCGCUGCUGGUUGUGGCAAAGUUCCAUGGGUUCAUUUUGGCAGAUGCCACAAUGGUGGUUGCUGAGAGUGGUUGGGAGAAUAGUUGGCGUGGAUCGUGUCGGCAGUCGGAGUACCACUGUGGGGAAAAGUGUUUGAUGCGGCAAGAGGAGGAUGGUAGUGGGAUGUUUGUGGCCAUGUUUGAAAGGAACUCAAGUGCCAAAGGUGCAGAAAACGGAAGGGAUGGUCAGGUGAAACGUAGCUUUGAUGAUGAGGGAAAUGAUGGAUCAGGGGAUUUUGGUGAUCCUCAAGGUACCUCCAGGAAAGGGAAUUCUGAGGGAACCUUAGGGAGUUCUGGCAAAAGUGGGAAAACCAAGAGACAGAAGACAGGAAAGGGAUCUGGGAAUUUGGGGAGCUCUGGAGGUGUAAAUGGAAGAACCAUAUCUGGUGAAGAUUCUGGCAGCCUGCUAGAAAUGACGGAUGUUGAAAGUCUUGGAUCUUCUGUAAGUUAUGAUGAUAUUCCUGGGGAAUUUUUUUUUGGAACAGGUUCUGUUGGCAAUCUAUCUGGAAAGGGAUCUGGGAAUUUAGGGAGAUCUGGAGGUGUAAAUGGAAGAAACACAUCUGGUGAAGAUUCUGUCAGUUUGCCAGAAAUGAUAGAUGUUGAAAGUCUUGGAUCUUCUGUAAGUUCUGAUGAUUUUCCUGGGGAAUUCAGUUUUGGAACAGGUUUUGUUGGUAAUUCUCCAAAUUGUGUAGAUGAAUCUAGCUUUGUAGGUUCUGCAAGUAUCUCUAGAUCAAAAUCUGGAGCGGAUUUGGCCAGUCUGCCAAAUUUUGUAGAUGAUUCUAGUUUUGAAGGUUCUGCAAGUGUGUCUAAUAAAUCAAAAUCUGGAGCAGAUUUGGCCAAUCUGCCAAAUUUUGUAGAUGAUUCUAGCUUUGAAGGUUCUAAAAGUGUCUCUAGAUCAAAAUCUGGAACAGAUUUGGCUAAUCAGCCAAAUUCCAUAGAUGUUUCCAGUUUAGAAGGCUCUGUAAGUGUUUAUUUGCCAAAUUUGGUAGAUGUUCAUAGUUUUGAAGGUUCUGCAAAUGUCUCUAGAUCAAAAACUGGAACAGAUUUCUUCAAUGUGUCAAAUAUUGUAGAUGAUUCUAGUUCAGAAGGCUCUGUAAGUGUACAUUUGCCAAAUUUGGUAGAUGUUCCCAGUUUAGAAGGCUCUGUAAGUGUCUCUGAAGGAUCCAUAUUUGGAGCAAAUUCUACCAAUCCAACAAAUUUGCCAGAUGUUGCAAGUCUUGGAUCUUCUGCAGGUCUUCCUCAAAUAGCUGUAUUUGACACAGAUUCUGCAGUUGUUCCAAAUAUGACAGAUGUCCCUAGUUUGAUGACAUCUUCUGCAGAUUCCACAGUAGCAACAAAUGCAACUGUUCCUAAUUCUAUGUCUUCUGUUUCUAAUUCUGCAUUAGUUGCAGAUUCUGUGAUACUACCAAAGUCAGACAGUGUUUCCAAGUUUGCAACUGCUACAGGGUCAAACCUUACUUCAGAAAAUGCAAACAUGGUGCAAUUUCCAGAAGCUACAAAAUGUCCAGAAAAUUCGAUAUCAGAGUUUUAUGUCAAGUCUUCAUUAAAUGCAAAAUGUGACAAUAGUAGCUGCUUCAGAUCUAGUGGAAAGUCUCUUUUGGAAGUACCUAAUUCUUCUACUAAUGACAAGUCUCUGCUUGAAGUGCCAGACAUCCCCUCACGUGAAACCUUCACAUUGGACACUUUGAAGAACAACCCAGUUUGGCAGAGUAUAAUGACAAAGUUAGAAAAAGCUUUGGAGCUUACAUCACCUGUAGAUCUACCAUUACUGAAAACAUUAGCUGCUGAUACUACAUUUAUGGCAAAGUUGUCUUCAAAUUUCUCAAAAUGUGCCGAAGUUCUAGAGUUAUCAUCUGAGGAGGAAUCUGCAAGUUCUGUAAAUCCUGAAAUUGCAGAAAAACCGGCAAAUACUACAUCUUCAAGGUUUGUAGGUCUUGAAGUUGCAGAAACCCCUCUAGAUACUGGAAUUUCAAGGUCUGCAGAUCCUGAAAUUACAGAGAAAUCUGUGAAUACUACAUUUCUAAGGUCUUCAGGUUCCAAACUCCCAAAUACCAAACUUGCAAGGUCCGAAUUUACCAAACCUGCAGAAAAACUUUCGGACUCAACUUUUGUAAACCAUCAAACAGUUGUCCCAACAUUUGUAAACCCUCAAACAUUUGUCCCAACAAUUCUAAACCCUCAAACAUAUGUCCCAACUCCUACAUCUUCAAGUUUGUCAAACUGUCCCCCAGUUUUCAAGGCUUCACCUGAUGAUUUCUUCAUCUUCAACAAUAGAGGUAACAACGACCAAAGCAAAGAUGGUGUCAAUAAAGACUUUGAUAAUUUUGGAACUCCGGCGAAUAGACCUUCGAGGAAGAGCAAAGGAAUGAGGUUGAGGAGUGGUACGAUAGUAAGAGGGGAUCUAAGAAAUGUAAGACCUGUAAGAGAGAGAACUCAUUCUAAAAGUGAGAAGAAGAAGAGGAAAAGUAAGUCUGAGAAGAAAAGGAAUAGAAGGAAGAUGAGUGAGGGGGAAAAUUGUUCAAAUAAUGGAAAUAAGAUACCAAAAAUUGCUGAAAAUUUGAAUGCCACAAAUGUAGUUUACUCGAAUGUGGAAAAUUGUCUUCCACAGGUCUUAACUCGUUCUGGAAGUGAGAAGAAGAAGAAAAGUGAGUCUGAGAAAAGGAGGAAUAGAAGAAAAUUGAAGGAAAUGUAUUUUAAGGGUAGGGGUAAGGAAGCUGAAAUUGCUGAAAAUUUGAAUGCUACAAACGUAGUCUAUUCGAAUAUGGAAAAUUGCCGUUUCGGAGACAUGAAUGUUGUUUCCUUGAAUAUGGAGAAUCGUAGUUUGGGGGAUUCGAAUGUUGGUUCUUCGAAUAUGGAAAAUUCUCUACUACAGAUUUUGACCGGAAGUAAGUUCUUCGUAAUUGUUGGAAAAGGAAAUAAUACGGAUGUUGUCACUAGAAAUGAGUGUGAUAAUUUGGAAGGUGGAAGAGGAGGAAAAAUUGAUGAAACUGUAAUAAAAAAGGAGCCUGAUGAUACAGGAAGUAGGAGAGAGAGGGAAUGCUGGUGCGACAUCACAAAACAUUAUUGUGGUGAUUUGGGAGGCGGUGGUGGAGGAGAAUGGGGAGGAGGAGAGCACAGGACAAAGAAGAAGAGGAAGAAAGAUGGUGGUGUUGAGGGAAAGAAUGGAGGUGAGAGUAAAAGAGAAAACUGUGGGAAAAAGAAGGAGACUAGAAAUAUAUUUCAGUGGUGGAGGAAUGUUGAAUUGAGAAGGUGGAGGAAGAAGAAGAAGAAUUUGGAGAAGAAGAAAGAAAAGGCGAUAAAGAAGAAGGACGAAGAGGCAAAGACGGAGAAUAAGGAUGUGAAGAAGAAGAAGAAGAGGGAGAGAAAGAAGAAGAAGAAGAUUGAAGAGAUUGAGAUGGAAAUGAAGGAUAAAAAUGAGGAGGCAAGGAAGAACGAUAAUGAUGAGGAGAAGAAGAAGAAGAAGAAGAUUGAAGAGAUUGAGAUGGAAAUGAAGGAUAAAAAUGAGGAGGCAAAGAAGAACUAUAAUGAUGAGGAGAAGAAGAAGGAGAAGGAUUUGGAGGAGAAGAAGAAUGAGAAGGAUGUGGAGGAGAAGAAGAAGGAGAAUAAGAAUGAGGAGGCAAAAAAGAACGAUAAUGAUGAGGAGAAGAAGAAUAAUAAGGAAAUGAAGGAUAAGAAUGAUGAGAUGAAAAAGAAUGUGGAGGCAAAGAAGGAGAAUGAGGAUGUGGAGGAGAAGAAGAAGAAUAAGGAGAUAAAGAGGAAUGAGGGGUGGAAUAAGAAGAAACUUAUUUUGCACCAUCUCAAGUUGAAGGAUGAGAUGAUGAGGAGGAAGAAGAACUUGAAGAAGAAACAGAAAAAAGAGGAAGCGAGAAAGAAGAAUGAGGAGAUGGAGAAGAAUAAUGAUGAGGCGAAGGAGAAGAGAGAGAUGAUGAUGAAGAUGGAGAACAUGAAGAAGAAAGAGGAAGUGAAUAAGAAGAAUGGGGAGAUAAAGAGGAAUAAUGAGGAGGCCAAGGAGAAGAGAGAGAUGAUUAUGAAGAUGGAGAACAUGAAGAAGAAAGAGGAAGCGAGAAAGAAGAAUGAGGAGAUGAAGAAGAAUAAUGAGGAGGCGAAGGAGAAGAGAGAGAUGAUGAUGAAGAUGGAGAACAUGAAGAAGAAAGAGGAAGUGAAUAAGAAGAAUGGGGAGAUAAAGAGGAAUAAUGAGGAGGCCAAGGAGAAGAGAGAGAUGAUGAUGAAGAUGGAGAACAUGAAGAAGAAAGAGGAAGCGAGAAAGAAGAAUGAGGAGAUGAAGAAGAAUAAUGAGGAGGCGAAGGGGAAGAUGGAGAAUCAGAAGAAUAACCUCAUAUUUCACCUGCUCAAAUUGAAUAAGAAUGAGGAGUCGAAGAAGAAGAGGAACCUCUUCCUCCACCUCUUCAAUGUGAAGAAGAAGGACGAGGAGAUGAAGAAGAAGAAUAAGGAGAUGAAGGAAAAUGAGGGGAUGAAAAAAUAGAGAAAAGAAAAUAAAGAGAUGAAGGAAAAUGAGGGGAUGAAAAGAAUAGAUAAAAGAAAAGAAAUAGAAAAGAAAAUAAGGAGAUGAAGAGAAAUUCAAUAGUGAACGAGAAGGUGAACGGAUUGAAAACAAAAGAGAAAAAUAAGAAGAAAAUGAAAAUAAGUUUGAACAUAAAAAAUGAAGAAGCUAUGAGUUUCAGAAGGGAAAUGGGGGGAUUUGAUUGAAUGAAAAGAAAAAA